UUGAGUCGUUUUCGCGGCAUCAAAUCGAGCAGACCUGUGCCGCUCCGCAGAGCGAGUUCGCCCAAAUAAAAAAAAGAAUUAUACGAAAUUCCGCCUAUGUUAGGAGCAGAGAAAAGAAUAAUUUUAAACCAACAUACACAAUCAGUUAGUUUCCACCGACAGUCCGCAGAAACCAUUCGACGACAACGGUACGGGCGCGCGAUUGUCGGCAAUCCGAAAGAUAGCCAAAUUUUAUUACUCUUCAGAUACUCACCGAGGGCGUUGAUUGAAGAUCCCCCAGACAACUGCAGUUUCGAGUGAAGUGUUUUUUCAAAUCACUACAAAAUUCUGUGUGAAAAAUUGUGCAUUAAUUAAUGAAUUAAUCAAAAUAAAUACAAGCUCCCUGCGAAUUUCACCAGCUGGAGCAACCGAAGUGACAACCGCCAAGCAAAUCGAACCCAAAUCGAUCGAUCGAUCGAACGUGUGAAAAGGACUUUCGGUUUCAUUCAGAGUGUGCGAUUAAGCGAUGGCUUGCUGAUUUUCCCCGGCAAAGCGCACUUUUUGCGGAAUAAAUAUAUAAAAAAGAAAAUAACAACCGCUGUGGCAACUAUAACAAUAAAAACAACAACAGCCGUGUGGCAUCUUCAUAGAAGCAACAACUUCUCUCUGCACUUCGUAUAUGUACUUAUCACAUAGACAUAUAUACGCACAGAUAUAUAAAACAAAAAACGAUCGAUUCUCGUGCCAGCGCGUGUGAUUGUGUGCGUGUUCCCAUGUUGCAUAUAUAUAUGCACAAAAUAUAUAUAUAUAUACAUAUAUAUAUAUCUAGAGCCGACUGUUGCGACGACUUUUCUAUAUAAUCGGGCUAGUGAGCACGCAGACAACGAAAAGGUGCACAACUACACCAACAGAUGCGGGUAUAUAUGUAUUGCACAUAUAUCUAACCAAAGCCAAAGUAGAAGAUAUAUAUAUAUAUGCGUAUAAGCUGAACGCGGCGCACUCUGCUCUGUUUUUUCUUUUAUAAUUACUUUUGUCUAAAAUUAGAAGACGUGUGUGUUGUGUGUGCCCCGUCCGUGUAUCCGUAUCCGUGAGAUACGCGUGAGUGUCCGCGUCUGCUAUAUCGCACAUCAUCAUCGCCGUACACCAUCCGCCGUCCAACAUCCACCAUCAUCAUCAUCAUCAUCGCCAUCGCCAUCGACAUCAUCGUCGUCUUCGUCGUCGUCGUCGUCAUCGUCAUCAGAGAUCAGAGAUCUGCGGCGGAGUGUGUGCCAGAAAAGAGGAAUCGUGAAUCAGACUACGGCUGCGACUACGGCUACGACUACGGGUGCGACUACGGCUACGGCUAUAUAGGCGAGAGAUCGCGUAUACGGCCAGACAAACAUUAUCGUAUAUCUGGUGGCGAGGAUUACAAUUACAAGAUCAGCAAACGCAACAGCAGCAGCAGCAACAGCAACAGCAGCAUCAGCAUCAGCAGCAACAGCAGCAGCAGCAGCAGCGGCAUCCGAAGCUAAAGCCGAAUACGAAUACGAGUACGAAUAUCCGAGCCGCACAACCGAAUACGAAUACGUUUACGAAUACGAAUCCGAAUCCGAACACGAAUCGAGGCGAUUCGAAACGAUCGCGCGCGUGAAAAGCCUCGUGAAGAAAAGCGCUACGAGCAAAAAAAAGUGAGGGAAAAAUCAAACGCCACGCGACCUUAGGCCCGUCCAAUUUUGGGGGGGGUGGGCGUGCAGCGGGGCGUGGCCGUGCGUCGACUCCUAGCGAUCGCUCAAGUGAAACGCGGCGAAAUUCUGUUCAGAUAACAAAAAUGAGUCACCAAAAUAAGCAGCAACAGCAACAACAGCAACAGAAGCAGCAACAGCAACAUCAAAAGCAACAGCAACUAUCGAGUGCGGCCAAGUGUUCAUAAAUUAAUGCUAGGCAUACAGUGUGUUAGACCAGUCCGAAAGACACUAUCCCCUCUCUCUCUCGCUCUCGAACAGUCCGUCUCUCUCUCUUGCCCCUGCUGUCGCUCAAAAUGCUACGAAACUAUCGAAAGUAUUUGCAGGAUAAACGGAAAUACGAUAAGCCACAACGACGAGGCAGCGAGUAUAACAUUUGUCACGUUUAGGCAAAUUGCAAGGACACAGGACACACCAACACCAACACAGCAGCAGCAGCAGCAGCAUCACGCAGCAAUACGCAGCAGCAGCAACGCGCAGCAGCAGCAGCAACACUCGCUAUCGAGAUUUUGUACAUAAAGUCGGGGCAAUAGCAGCAACAACUUUGGAGGACGCCAUGUAUGCGCAACAUUUGCGCAAAUGGAGUCUAAAAACAAAAAAGCAACUAAUGCCAUUGAUAUUGCUAAUUAUCAGCUACAUGUCAGCAACAUGUGUGUUGUCGUCGUCGGCGACGACGCAGCAGCUGCAGCUGCAGCAGCAUCUGCAGCAACAGCAACAGCAGCAGCAGCUUCCAAGAUUAUGGGAAGGCAGUGCCGAAGAAAGCAGCUACUAUAUACCACUGAGUUCGGAUAACGGCAGCGGGAGCAGUGAAAGCGCCGAGAGCAGCAGCAGCAGUAGCAGCAGCAGCAGCAGUAGCAACAUCGACAACAAUAUCUUAAGUAGGCUGCUCAGCCGCAACAGCAAUAGUCUUAGUAGCCGUAGCAAUGUUAAGUUAAAGCCAGCAACAGUAUUCGACGCCGGCAGCAGUUCACCCGCUCAGCAGGAGCAACAUGUGGCUGCGGUGCCAGAGCAGCAGCAGCAACUGCAGCAGCAGCAACAGCAGCAGCAACAGCAACUGCAGCAGCAGCAGCAACUGCAGCAGCAGCAACAGCAGCAGCAACAGCAGCCGCAACAGCAGCAACUGCAGCAGCAACAGCAGUCAAUGCAAAAAGUUCCAAAUACUUUAAUCAAUAGUCAAAUAUAUAAUUUAUUAUACAAUGGCAUGCCCAGCGAGGCGGCGAGCAGCAAAACGCGUCGUCACAUUCAAUCCACACAGCUGCCCCAUCAGCUGGAGAGCUUAGCGCAAUUGCCGAGCAACUACAGCAGUCGACCGGCGGUGCGUAGCUAUCUCAUAGAGUCCUAUGAGUUGCCAGUUAGCCAGCUGGCGGAGGAUCGCAGUGCGGAGCAGGCGGCGCGAAGUCGUCGCGAUGGCAGCAGCAAUGCCAAUGGCGGCAGCCGGCAGAAACAUCGCAAUGGCCAUCGGAAGCAGUUGCAGCAGGACAGAAGCGAUCAUCGCCGCCAGCGGCAGGAUCAGCAGAAGGAGCAGCGCCGCCAGCAGCAGCAACAGCAGCCGCAUCAGCAUCAGCACAAGAGCAGCAACAAGCAUCAUCACCACCAGCAGCAGCAGAAGCAGCAGCAGCAGCAGCGCGGGAAGCACCAACGGAAUCGCCAGCGGAAUCACCAGCGAUCUGGACGCUACUGCUCCGCACGGGAUCCCGCGCAAUUGGCGUACGCGGCGCCCACCGUUUUCCAGGGCGUCUUCAAAUCCAUGUCCGCCGAUCGGCGGGUGAACUUCUCGGCCACCAUGAAGGUGGAGCGUGUGUACAAGCAGCAGCACGACCUGCAACUCCCCACCUUGGUGCGACUGCAGUUCGCGCUGAGCAACUCCAGCGGCGAGUGCGACAUCUACAGGGAGCGACUGUUGCCGCGUGGCAUGCUGCGUUCCGGAAAUGAUCUGCAGCAAGCGUCGGAUAUAUCCUACAUGAUGUUCGUGCAGCAAACGAAUCCCGGCAACUUCACCAUCCUUGGCCAGCCCAUGAUGGUCAGCGAGUCAGUGAUGAAAGCGGUCGAAUUGGCUGUGAGCGAAAAUUAUGCACAGAACGCAUCGAUCGAGAGGAUCAAGGUGGAGCCGAAUAACACCACCAUCCGGGAUGGUGAGCAACUGAAGAUCAUCUGCAAGGUGUCGGGCUGGCCGCUGCCGAAGGUCACCUGGUUCAAGGACGACAAGUCCAUCAAUCGCAAGCGCAACAUUUACCAAUUCAAGCAUUACAAAAGACGUUCCGAGCUGAUAGUGCGCUCCUUCAAUAGUUCCUCCGAUGCGGGCAAGUACGAGUGCCGGGCCAAGAACAAGGCCAGCAAGGCGAUCGUCAAGCGCCGCAUCAUGAUCAAGCCCUCAGAAGUUCACACUCCUCCAGCAGACGGGUCAGGCUUGGGCACACCCUGCCAAUUCGAGUACUGCUUCCAUGGUGGCGACUGCAGGAUAAUCUCGGAUAUCAACGAGGUCUAUUGUCGUUGCCCAACCGAAUACUUCGGCAAACGUUGCGAGAACAAAAGGCCCGACAGUAGAUAUUUUGUUGCAAUCUACGGCCAAAUACAUACCUUAAAUAACGACUAUUAAUGCAUAGAAUUUGGUUUCAUUAUUUUUAUAAUUUUAUAAACAAAACGAAAAACAAAAACAAAAAAAUCGAACUCCCUGCACUCCAAAACCGACAAUUGUAAUUUUUUACGUUUAUUUAAAAAAUUAGAGAAUUUGUUGCACCAGCAGACCAUGCCCAAAAAAAAAACCCCCAUCACCGUUCUCGAAGUUUGCAACUACAAUGAAAACAUAUCCGAAAACAGAAAACAUUUCAAAAUUCGUACAAUUCCCCUAGAUUCGCCUAGAGUUCCUUCUUACCGAGCGAAAAGUUCCAGAAAAGAUCCAGACUUUAGCUGACUUUAGCUACGUUUGUUUUUGUGCACGGUGACAGAAUAUCCGAAAUGUAUAAAUCUGAUGUAUGAAAUCUGAGCAGAAUUUUAAUUUAUUUAUUAUACGAAAUACAUAACAUCUAAGUUCGAAGUUUGAGGUUCAAAGUUCGAAGUUCGAGAGCAAAGCAUUACCGAUUCGACCCUGACUUUGACACUGUUGCGCUUUUGUUGUUGUACCAUAAACAAUACUUUUAAAUUGAUAACAAAGGUUGACGUAGCCGAGAACUUUGUAAUAAAUCCUGUAAAUAGCUCUCAUUUUAACUAACGAUAAGUUUUGUGUACAUUUCAACUAAGGUAAUGCAAGCCCUUCUUUAACCGUAAUUUAUUGUAUUUAAUUACACCUAAAUUAAACGUAAUUCUAGCUAUAAGCUCACACACAAAUACACACACACACACACACACACAGCUACUUAAUUUCGAAAUACUAUUUUAUUUGUCCUCGAUUUUGAUUUGCGAUUUUGCAAUUUAAACACCAAAAUAUGUAAAAUCGCAAAUUAGUUAUUUUUUUCACCAUGUGUAUGUUGACAUCAGUUUCUAUGGCUAAGCGUAAAGCAAGGAAGUGCGUAGAGAUUAUUUUUAGUUAUUUUAAGUGGCAAAUUUUUUAUAUAUUUAAUUAUUGAAAGAUUUAUACCAAAAAUACCAUGUAAAGUUUAAUUUUAAUUUAAAAACAAAACAUUAAACAAACAAAAACGAAAAAAAAAAACAAAAACAAACAAAACGAUGCGUAAGAAAAAACUUAAUUAAAAACUUGCAAAUAAUUCACAUUUUACAAAA